GAAAACAAGAUCAUUUGGCAACCAAAUUUAAAUAAUUAUGAGGUGGUUCACUCGUCGGGCAACUCAAAAUGAAGAUCUUCGACGCACGGGAUGAGUAUACAAAGACUAAGGAGUUAAGGUUGGAAGAUGUAAGAGCUCUGCAGGAGUGGGUUGAAAAGCAACCGCACAUGCCAUCAAUUUCAGAGAGCCUACUGAUCGCUUUCUUCCAAAGUUGCUAUUGGAGCAUGGAACAGACCAAAGCCGCCAUUGAGAAGUUCGUGACGUGGAGAGCCGCCUGGCCCGAUUUCUAUGCGAACCUGGAUCCUUGUCUUCCUAAUCUACAAUCCACGAUUGAUCAACAACUAGUAACUAUUUCGCCAAUGGCGUCUAAGAAGGGUUGCAGGCUUUUCUACUAUAAACCAGUGAUUCCAGACUCUGAUAGAUUCAUUGUAACGGAACUGGUAAAACUGACGGACAUGGUUCUUGUAAAGGAUGUAAUGGAAAAUGGUCCAUAUGGCGGUUUGAUAAUGGUUUGCGAUUUAACCGAUUAUAAUGUAGGGCAUAUGAAGAAACCGCGGGUUACGGAGUCGAGGCGGUUCAUGAAAUAUCUGCAGGAUGCCAUACCCGUUAGACUUAAAGCUAUGCACUAUGCCAUAUCAGGAAAUUUCCUCGAGGUAUUAAUUCCUUUGGCAAAACCGUUUAUGGACAGAACAUUCUUAGGGAAGUUACACUUUCACGACUGUUACGAGGCAUUAUUCAGGCGUAUCCCUCAGGACGAGUUUCCCAAGGAAAUCGGUGGGAAGCAACCCAGUCAUAAGGAAUUGCACGACAACAUGAAGAGAUCUCUGGUUGAGAACGUGGACUUCAAAAUGGGCGCUGCUGGUCCGGAUCGAGGAAGAUAUCAGCGAGAGCAUACAUGUAGUGUAUGGGCUCUUUCGCCAAAGAAUACCCGACAAAACACACUGCGGAAGCCACCACCCGCAAACUCAGGUGCACUAAUUGCAUAAAUCCCGGACACUCGCAGGGAGAAUGUCGGAAAAAGUUUACGAGACUACUACUACCACUACUCCCCACUAAAGUGCUUCGAGUGUGGCAAUUCCGGCCCGGCGUGGUACGACGCCAGUGCCCCAGUUGCUGUGAUAACGCGAGGACCGCAGGAGUGGACUGCUUCCUUCACGGACCAAGACAAUCGCCGGUCGCCCACAAGCCGUCCUAAUCGUAAACGUUCCGGUGACUUUAAGAGGAUGGGCCAAUCGAACGGAAUUCUUGAUACUCCACGGUGCCGAGAAUCGUACCCUCGUUGGACUAGACUUCAACGAGGACGCGGAAAUUACAAUAAACCUCGCGGAACGGUAGUGCACCCUUAACCAAGACGCCCGCCGAUUUUCUUUUUUUUGCCCGAAGCUGUGGAAGCGAUCUUCGCAGUGAGGAACCGUUGCGUCACCAAAACUUUUCCGCACGCCCCGAGCCCCCGAGUCCUCGCCAGCGUAACCUGGCCCACGAACAUCUCCUCCGAGUUAUUCAACAUCGUUGCGGACGCCCUGCCCGAGGCUCCUGUGGUACCCUUACCGGCUUUAUCCUCGCUAUCAAUUUUCCCUCACCCCCCCCCCCCAGACACAAGAGGAUUCGCCAGGACCUCGCCCUCUUCAUGGUGGAAGCCGAGGUAAUAACUAUACGACCAAGCGAAUGCGCUACCAGGUCACCUACCGAAAGAGAGGACCUCAACUCCUUGCUACAGACAGACAAACGUGGAAACGUUCACUCCAGGGGCAUAAUCACCCCCCCCCCCUCCGGUCCCUGCGCCGCGGUAUUGUUCAAUUCCAGGCGUCCUGCAAGCCGUAAUCGACAGCAUGCGAGGAGUGCGAUACAAGAACCGGGCGGAUCCACCAGAGUGCAUGUGCAUCGGCUACCGGCAGCUGAACUCCAUCACGACGAUCGACCUACAGGCCGGUUACUGGCAGAUCGCCAGUUUUUCUGAUCCACAGGAAUAUCUACUUCUACAUGAGAUACAAAAAGCUGAUCGCAAUAAUGGCCUACAUGUCGAUUGCGGCGUACGACUAUCUCCGAUAGCCCAGUGGAAGACGGAGACUAUGGGAUAACAAAGAACGCCAGGAAGCGAUUGCGCGAUUUAAUAGAAAUACAUAAAACUACUAUGUGUGUAUGCUACCAUUUUGAGAUUUCAAAAUUUAAAAUGCAUGCUACUCAACAUUAAAUUUUCUAAACGAUCCCUG